AGAGUGCCAUUCCACAUCUCUCAAAAUGCUCGAAAACUGCCAAAGACACCAUAUGCUGCUCGGGCUCGGCGCCCUUACAGGAGUGACCAUCUUGGUGCUCAUUGUGGAGUCCAGGUACGCAGCUGAAGGACCCCGCCGUCGGGAGCAACAGUUCGUCAUCGAGAACAACUCGACCUGCUGGCGGCACGAGAAGUACACAGUGGUGCAGGAGUGCCAUCCGUGCUCGGAGUUCGACAUAGUCAGUAAGAGCCUUGGAGUCUGCAUCCAUACCCACUACAAGGAGCUGCUGCGCUGUCAGAGCGGAGAGAUAGUCACCAGAAGCUGCGACCGGGUGGCCCUCAUUGAACAGCGAAACUUCCUAAAGUUCGAGAUCCUAUGCUUCAUUGUGGGAGCACUUAGCUAUUUGCUUAGCUACGCCCGGGAUCGGAUCCUGUCCAGGCGUACCUACAUGAAGAUCGAACGGCAGCUGAACCGAGUACAGUAGCAUAAGCUUCCAGUCACUCCUCCAUCCAAGUGAUACUCAUUGUCAGUAGUGAAGGUACAUUGUUUAAUUUAUUUAAGUACAUACACUCUUGAAAUACCUUGUUAAUA